GGGCCCCGGGCGCGCCACCCCAGGAUGCUCAAGCGCUGCGGUCGUCGCCUGCUGCUGGCGUUGGCGGGCGCGCUGCUCGCCUGCCUGCUGGUGCUCACGGCCGACCCGCCGCCGCCCACCCCGCUGCCCGCCGAGCGCGGCCGCCGGGCUCUGCGCAGCUUGGCGGCUGGUCCCCCGGCCCCAGCUCCCGGGCUGGAUGCGGCGGCGUCGGCGGCGGUGCCCGCGGCGCAGAGCCGCCAGGUGCACAGUCUGUCCGAGUACUUCAGCCUGCUGACCCGCGCGCGCGGGGACGUGGGGCCGCGGCCCGCCCACGGCCCUCCGCGCGGCCCGGUGGAGCCGCUCGCGCCCCAGGACGUCUUCAUCGCCGUCAAGACCACCAAAAAGUUCCACCGCGCGCGCCUCGACCUGCUGCUCGAGACUUGGAUCUCGCGACACAAGGACAUGACCUUCAUUUUCACCGACGGGGACGAUGAAUUCCUGGCCAAACACACGGCCAACGUGGUGAACACCAACUGCUCCGCGGCCCACAGCCGCCAGGCCCUGUCCUGCAAGAUGGCCGUGGAGUAUGACCAGUUCGUGGCGUCGGGCAGGAAGUGGUUCUGCCAUGUGGACGACGACAACUACGUGAACGUGAGGGCCCUGCUGCGGCUACUGGCCGGCUUCCCGCACACGCAGGACCUGUACAUCGGCAAGCCCAGCUUGGAUCGGCCCAUCCAGGCCACGGAGCGGGUGGGCGAGAACAAGCUGCGCCCGGUGCAUUUCUGGUUCGCCACGGGCGGAGCUGGUUUCUGCAUCAGUCGCGGGCUGGCCCUGAAGAUGAGGCCCUGGGCCAGCGGUGGCCACUUCGUUAGCACGGCCGAGCGGAUCCGGUUGCCCGAUGACUGCACGGUGGGCUACAUCGUGGAGGCGCUCCUGCAUGUGCCCCUCACUCGCAGCGGCCUCUUCCACUCGCACCUGGAGAACCUGCAGCAGGUGCCGGCCUCGGAGCUGCAGGAGCAGGUAACGCUGAGCUACGGUGUGUUCGAGAACAAGCACAAUGCUGUGCACCUCAAGGGGCCCUUCUCUUUGGGUGCCGACCCCUCCAGGUUUCGCUCCAUCCACUGCCUCCUAUACCCGGACACACCCUGGUGUCCCAACUCCGCUGUAGCUGUCUUCUAGCCACGGCCAGUCCUGUCUCCGGGCUUGUCCCUGGUAUCCAAGGGCCCCCGGGGCUGUGCCCUGCAUGUGGGGGGCAGGCUGCUGGACAGCGCUGCCCUGCUGGUCACCCCGUCAAGCCCGUGCUCUGUGUCAGAGGUCGUGAGGGCAGCUGGGGGUUGCUUUGGGUCAUAUGGGGGGACUUUGCUCCAUGAGCCGGGCCAUGUCCACUGCAAGGACCCCGAGACUAAGGGAGAGGCUUGUGCCACCCCUGUCCUGGGUCCGGCCCUGCUGUGCCCCCAGUGGCUGCCCUGAUGCCUGAUGGUCCAGGCAGGGUGUUGCCUUUGCCCCCCCAGGGGCAGAGCUGAAGGUCUCUCAGGAGACUCGCCCAUAGUGGGCGCUGUACAGACUCACAGGUUUUCA